AGCAACAUGCCUGGCUAUAUGUUUAACAUUGACGGUGGCUAUCUGGAGGGCCUUUGCCGUGGCUUCAAGUGCGGUAUCCUUAAGCAGGCCGACUAUCUCAACCUGGUCCAGUGCGAAACGCUCGAAGAUCUGAAGCUGCAUCUGCAGGGUACGGAUUACGGGCAGUUCCUGGCGAACGAACCAUCCCCACUGGCCGUCUCCGUAAUCGAUGACAAGCUGCGGGAAAAGCUGGUCAUUGAGUUCCAGCAUAUGCGCAACCAUGCCGUCGAACCGUUGUCCACCUUUCUGGACUACAUCACGUACAGCUACAUGAUCGACAACAUCAUCCUGCUGAUUACGGGCACCCUGCAUCAGCGUCCAAUUUCCGAACUGAUCCCAAAGUGUCACCCGCUCGGUAGCUUCGAGCAGAUGGAGGCGAUCCACGUUGCCGCUACGCCGGCCGAGCUGUACAACGCGGUACUGGUCGAUACGCCGCUGGCACCGUUCUUUGUCGACUGCAUCUCGGAGCAGGAUCUGGACGAGAUGAACAUCGAGAUCAUCCGUAACACGCUGUACAAGGCGUACCUGGAGGCGUUCUACGACUUUUGCAAGAACAUCGGUGGCACCACCGCUGACGUUAUGUGCGAGAUCUUGGCGUUCGAGGCAGAUCGUCGUGCCAUCAUCAUCACGAUCAACUCGUUCGGUACCGAGCUGUCCAAGGACGAUCGAGCGAAGCUGUAUCCGCGCUGUGGCCGUAUGAACCCGGACGGUUUGGCCGCACUCGCCCGCGCCGACGACUACGAGCAGGUGAAGGCGGUCGCCGAGUAUUACGCGGAGUACGCGGCCCUGUUCGACGGGUCCGGCAACAAUCCGGGCGACAAAACGCUCGAGGACAAGUUCUACGAGCACGAGGUGAAGCUGAACAUGUACGGCUUUAUGCAGCAGUUCCACUUCGGUGUGUUCUACUCUUACCUGAAGCUGAAGGAGCAGGAGUGCCGCAACAUCGUGUGGAUUGCGGAGUGCGUCGCCCAGAAGCACCGGGCCAAGAUCGAUAACUACAUUCCCAUCUUUUAAGGCAAAAAAGCGUUUGGGGAGG